AUGAUCCUGGAAUUAUUUUUGCUUAUUUUUUUUUUUUUUUGUAGGUCUGUGAACAAUUUUCUCGUAACGGGACCCAAGGCAUCUCUCUCGUACACCAAGAGUGUGCACGCUGGGGCCCAAGGUGGCAUCAAGGAAUGUAAAUACCAGUUUGCGUGGGAUAGGUGGAACUGCCCCGAGACCAUGCUCUGGGCAUCCACUCAGAAAAAACCACAAACUGCCACUAGGGAGAUGUCUUUUGUCCAUGCCAUAAGCACUGCAGGGGUCAUGUACACCUUGACCAGGAACUGCAGCCUUGGGGACCUGGAUAACUGCAGUUGUGAUUACUCCAAAAAUGGGAAGUCUGGUGGUCGGGGGUGGCUUUGGGGUGGCUGUAGUGACAACGUGGAGUUCGGAGAGAGGAUUUCUAAGAUGUACGUGGAUGCCCUGGAAACGGGUCAGGAUUCUCGAGCAGCAGUCAACCUUCACAACAAUGAAGCUGGGAGGCAGGCCGUGAAAGCGACCAUGAAGAAAGUCUGCAGGUGUCAUGGUAUGUCAGAUAGCUGUACUAUCCGAACCUGCUGGCUGCAGCUCUCCAGCUUCCGUGACAUUGGGAACUACCUCAAGGUGAAGCACGAUCAGGCGAGGAAGCUGGAGAUGGACAAGAGGCGAAUACGCACUGGGAACAGCGCAGUGAGCCGUGGAACCAUCGCGAACACCUUCAAGGACAUCGCCCAGACGGAGCUCAUAUACCUGGAGGACUCUCCGGAUUACUGCGUCAAGAACAGCACCCUUGGGCUCCAGGGCACGGAGGGCAGGGAGUGUCUGCAAGGAGGAAAGAACCUGUCCCAGUGGGAGAGACGGAGCUGCCGGAGAUUGUGCCAUGAGUGCGGACUAAAGGUGGAGGAAAGACGGACUGAGGCAGUCAACACCUGUAACUGCAAGUUCUACUGGUGCUGCACGGUGCAGUGCGAUAGGUGCACGGAAGUCCUGGUAAAGCAUGUCUGCGCUAGGAGAGAGGCGGCCUAUGAGCACCAUCCCAGGCGAAGAAUGCGUGGGAUCCCAGUAAUUUAGGGGUUGUUUAAAAUAUACCUCACUAAAGUACUAUAUAAAAUUUAACUGA